AUGUUCUGUAUUGAAUUCAGAGAACAAUCACAGAAUGAUCUUCUUAAAAUUCUCAGAAACAUUCAGGGGAAUAAGUAUUUAAUUGUGGACGAGAAACUUAGUGGAUCACUCUCAUUAAUCAUUCAAACAUCAAUUCUCCAGGAACAUGGAGUAGAGUUACGGCACUUGUUGUCGAAACCAGUACAAACGGAAUGCACGAAGGUGGUGUACCUUAUAAGGUCACAGCUGAAUUUAGUGAAGCUGGUUUCUGCUCAUAUUCAAAAUGAUUUAUCUAAAGGAAUUCAAAGAGAGUAUUCAGUUUAUUUUGUUCCUGGACGUACGGUUGCGUGUGAAAAGAUUUUUGAGGAGGAAAAAGUUCACCACCUACUCACUAUUGGGGAGUACCCCUUAUACAUGAUUCCGUUGGAUGAGGAUGUGCUUUCGUUUGAACUUGAUCUUGCUUAUAGAGACUACCUGGUUGAUGGUGAUACGAGUGCUCUUUGGCAUAUCGCAAAAUCUAUACAUAAACUGGAGUAUUCAUUUGGAGUUAUACCGAAUGUAAGGGCUAAAGGCAAAGCGUCAGCACGGAUCUCAGAAAUUCUAACCCGUAUGCAAGUAGAAGAGCCAGUCAGCACAUCAGAUGUUGGAAUCCCGGAGAUAAAUACACUCAUCCUUUUGGAUAGAGAGGUAGACAUGGUUACACCUAUGUGUGUCCAGUUGACAUAUGAAGGCCUAAUGGAUGAGAUUCUGCGUGUCAGUAAUGGUUCUGUUGAGCUCGAUGCAUCUAUUAUGGGCAACCAAAUGCAAGAAGGAAAAAAGACAAAGGUUCCACUUAAUUCAAGUGAUAAGCUAUUCAAGGAGACUCGUGAUCUUAACUUUGGAGUGCCUUGUAGGCUGAGAUCGAGAUGCUUUGCAGUCAUAGGUCGGCUGGUAGGGCUUCCGCACUCACUCAGCUCUCGGAGUGCCUUGUGAAUAAUGUUAUGCUGGCUAUGAGCUUUAAUUCUCGACUCCCCGGUGUUUACAUCCAGUGUAUAUUGGGGUUACCUCCUUUCUCUUAAUAUGAGUCGUCACGUGUUUCGUCAUGCAGAAAAAAAGGGUCGGUGAUGAUUAAUUGCAUGAUAAUCCACGCCAGCCUCUCUUAUAUACGUGUCUUCGUAUAUAGUUCUUGUUUCCUGGUUUAAGCCAUCAUAUCCAUCUCUACCUUUUUUGAUCAAAAAAUCGCCAGCAUGGCUAAUUCUCUUCAUGGGUAUAUUCUAGCCUUGGCACCCAUUCCCAUGUUAGUCUCGGAAACGUUUAAGUGGGACGAGCUGACACGACUUUUGCUCGUAAGAGCCGAGAUUGAAGAGCUUCGAUCCUAGAGAAAGGUGAAUAGGGAUGCUAAACGCGCGAGUUUCAUGGCACAUUAUGAGGUAUACCAAGAUGCUUGAUGUGAUUUGUAGAUAGUGGUAAAAGUGGUUCGAUUCUC